AUGAGGAUCCUUUCUGGCUGCCUUCAUUUCCACUUCGUUUCUUUCUUAUUCAGUGGAGCAAAUGGAUUCCUAAUGUGGAGAAUACCUACAGCCUUGCUAGUAUAUAACUACUCCUAUUCAAACCUCUCCUCUGUCUCAGAAGCACAUGCUCCACAAACAGCAAGAGCUCUCAAUUUCUCACAUAAUCUCAUUGAAAAAGUAACCAAGAGAGACUUGGAAGGUUUUGAUUCACUGGAAGUUCUAGACCUUUCUUACAACUGGAUUAGGGAUGUUGAGCCUGGUGUGUUCCAGAGCCUGCUCAGCCUGGUUUCUGUGAAUUUAUCAUUUAAUGAUAAGAAGCUGCUUCUGUCAGGUCUUCCACCCCACCUGAAGCUCUCACCCACUGGCAAAGCCUCGGGACCUUUGCAGCUUUCUAUGUCUUUUGACAAAUCCUCAAAGGCUGCUCUGGAGCUUUUGGUGCCUGCUGAGGAGCUGCCACAUUCCAGAGGUCCAUCUGUCCUGCAAAACAUUAAGCCCAGGCUCAGGAGAAGCACAGGGAAUCUUCUUCGAAGAGGAGAGAGAAAUGCAACUGUCUCUUCAACAGCCACACCAAGACCCAGCUCCUGUGGAACACCCAUAAAUGGGACACUCGAUUUGUCCCACAGGGAGCUCUCCGAGGAUGAGUUGAUGUUAAAACUGGAUGAGGAUCUCUGCCAAGCUCAGAUGGAGACUAUUGUGGAGCUUGAUAUUAGUCACAACAACCUGGAAACGGAUCUUCUGUCGCUUUUCAGUUUGUUCUUGCCAAUGAUAAAUGUGCGGUCCAUCGAUGCCAGUUCCAACAACCUAACCAUUAACAUCCUGAAUGCUGAGUUCUUCUGUAAGUUCCCAUUCCACCAGCUUUGGUUUGUAAACAUCAGCCACAACCCCAUCAACAGCUUGGAUACGCUGUGUCUCCCUUCCACCACCAAGGAAUUGGAUUUGUCCUUCACCAACAUCAGUCAAAUACCUCAAAAUUUCAUGAGAAAAUUUUUAAACUUGGAAACCUUGUAUGUUCAUGGAAAUCACUUCAUCUACACAGCAUCUCCUGAGAGUGGGAAUGCAGUUCCAACAUGUGUCCCUCCCUCUGGGACUAUACACAUCAACGCCAUUUCCUUCAUCAGGAUGGAGGCUGGAACACCCAUUGAAAGCCUUCCCAAGAAACUGAAACACCUGGGAAUGUCCAACUGCUCCAUCGUAGAACUGCCAGAGUGGUUUGCUGACACAAUGGAAGAACUGUUAUUUCUGGAUCUCAGCAACAAUCACAUUUCUGUACUUCCUCAUUUCCCUCCCUCCCUGCAGCAUCUUGACAUCAGCAACAGUGAUAUUAAGGUCAUACCUCCCAGUCUGAAAUUACUCUCCAACUUAACAGUAUUUAAUAUUCAAAAUAACAAAAUUAUGGAUAUGCGGGUUGAGUAUUUCCCAUCAGCUUUAAAAAAAUGUGAUAUUAGUAAAAACAAGCUGAAGGUGUUGUCCUUAACUGAUGCCCUGGAGAACAUGGAACACCUUAAUGUUUCUGGGAACCUGAUCACCUGGCUGGAACCUGCUGGCCACCUUCCUGUGCUCACCAGCCUGGACGGCAGUCACAACCUCAUUUCAGAGCUGCCUGAUGGCUUUGGGAAAUCCUUCCCAGUGCUGAAAUACUUUAAUUUAUCAGGAAAUAAGAUCUCCUUCCUCCAGCGUGCUGCUCUCCCAGCUUCUCUGGUCGAGCUGGACAUCAGCGACAACGCCAUCACCACCAUAGCAGAGGAUACAUUUGCCCCACUGAUGAGCCUGAGGGUUCUGACUGUUCAAGGGAGACAUUUCUUCUGUAACUGUGACUUAUACUGGUUUGUGAAUGUCUAUAUCCACAACCCACACCUGCAGAUCAACGGCAGAGGAGACCUCAGGUGCAGCUUCCCGCUGGACAGAAGGGGCUCACUGGUGGAGAGCAGCGACCUGACGCUGCUGCGCUGCUCCCUGGCCAUCCAGCUGGUCAUCACAGCCUGUGCUGCCAGCCUGGUCGUCUUGGUGUUAACAGGCUUGUGCUGGCACUUCGAUGGGCUGUGGUAUGUGAGGAUGGGCUGGUACUGGUGCAUGGCCAAGAGGAAUCAGUAUGACAAGAGGCCAGAAAACAAGAUCUUUGAUGCCUUCGUUUCGUACAGCGAACAUGAUGCUAACUGGACCAAAGAGAACCUGCUGGAAAAACUGGAAACUGAUGGGUUCAAGAUGUGUUACCAUGAGAGGGAUUUCAAACCAGGGCAUCCUGUACUCGGAAAUAUUUUUUACUGCAUAGAGAACAGCCAUAAAGUCCUCUUUGUUCUCUCUCCCAGCUUUGUCAACAGCUGCUGGUGUCAGUAUGAGCUUUAUUUUGCUGAACACCGGGUCCUCAAUGAGAACCUGGAUUCCCUCAUCAUGAUUGUGUUGGAAGACCUCCCACCUGACAGCGUGCCGCAGAAGUUCAGCAAACUCAGGAAACUGCUGAGAAAGAAAACCUACUUGAAGUGGAGCCCUGAGGAGCACAAGCAGAAGAUGUUCUGGCACCAGCUAAGAGCUGUCUUAAGAACAACCAACGAACCUCUUCUAAGAGCAGAAAAUGAAUCCGAU